AUGACUAUCACAGUCCACCAUCUACAAGUCUCACAGAGCGAACGUAUAGUUUGGCUAUGCGAAGAACUCGGCCUCGACUAUAAUCUGCAACUAUACAAGCGCAGCCCCAUCUUCUCACCACCUGAGAUUAAAGCUCUCAAUCCUCUGGGAGCGGCGCCAAUCCUCGAUGAUGACAGCUUUGGCACACCGAUCCGGCUCUCAGAAAGUGCUGCCAUAGUUGAGUGGAUCGUCCAAAAACACGGGAACGGCAAAUUGUUCCUCGAUAAAUCCCACAAGGACUAUGCAGACUUUCUAUACUGGUGGCAUGCAUCCAACGGCACAAUUCAGCCUGCGGUGAGCCGGGUCCUGGCAGUUAGUAGUGCAGCGAGGGGAGAUCCGAACAAUCCAACUCUUUCCAACUACGUGAACCGGUUGAAGAUACUGUUCGAUCAUGUUAACGAGCGGCUGUUGAAGGUACCUCACCUGGCUGGUGAGGAGUUUACCGCUGCGGAUAUCAUGACUGUCUUUAGCUUUACCACGAUGAGGGUGUUCUACCCAGUUCCGUUGGAGGGCUAUGACGGGAUAUUGCGGUGGUUGCAGAGGUGCACCGAUAGGGCAGCUUAUAAGAGAGCGCUUGAGAAGUCAGAUCCAGAAAUGAAGCCACAAAUUCGAGCAGAGGCACCAGAAUUGUUUCCACCUAUUAAAGCUAUGAGAGGUUGA